AUGCAACCAAACAUAUUCACGGCAGCUGCAAGAUGGGUCACAAAGCUGACAGACAAGGCAAAAGCCGCACUCAAAGACAAACUCGAAGCCACCGUCACAUCAAAGAAACGGAAAAUUGAUGCCAACAUUGCCAAGGCUGGUACUCCCCAAGAUAGAGUGAUCUCCAAGGCCUCUCCAUCUUCACCUGACACGGGAACAGUGCCAGCGCCAGUGCUUUGCAAGACCCGUCGUGCUAUAGUUCAAACUGAGGAGGAGGAGGCAUUGCUAUACAGCGAUACAAUCAAUGUCGAUGACGAGCAUGAACAGAAUGAAAAUGAGUCUGAUAACUGA